UAGAAAAUUUCCCAUCUCCUCUCUACCUUCAAUUUCAUCGUAAUUUUCUAGAAUUCGAAUUCUUCUUAAGCAAAGAGUCUUUAUAUUGAACUGUUCGAAAUCUAGUUGGUGAUUGAAUUGGUGUUAAUGGACAUGUCUCUAAGAGCUAGAUCAACCUCCAGCUCUAAGCAAUCAUCCACAUCGCCGGAUGCCUCCGAAAUUCCAUUACUCCCUACUAACAACAACGACAACAACAAUAACAAUAACAAUUCUGUACCAGAACGGCUGCCAGUACUGCGACCGUCGAUUUCUCAACGUGCCUUAGAAAGCACGGCACAUUUAGCCAACCUACUUCCAACAGGGACUCUCUUAGCAUUCCAACUUCUAAUCCCAAUUUUCACCAACAACGGAUCGUGUGACACCGCGACGCGUCCCAUGACAUUAAUCCUCCUCGCGCUACUCGGAUUUUCGUGCUUUUUAGCUUGUUUCACUGAUAGUUUCAAGGCACCAGACGGGCAAGUUUACUAUGGAUUAGCUACGUUCAAAGGUUUGUGGAUUUUCGAUUAUCAGGCAGCUUCAAUUUCUGGUGUGCCUAGUGAAUUGAACAGGUAUAGAGUUGGGUUUAUUGAUUUUGUUCAUGCUGUCCUCUCUGUUCUUGUGUUUGUUGCUGUGGCUUUGAGAGAUAAAAAUGUGGUGAAUUGCUUUUAUCCCACACCGGAUCAUGAGACAAAACAGGUACUUGAUAUUGUUCCUAUUGGAAUUGGGGUAAUUUGUAGCUUGUUAUUUGUGGUUUUUCCCACUAGGAGACAUGGCAUUGGUUUCCCUGUGACACCUGACAGACGGUGAAAUUGAAGUCAAAAAGGGUAAAAUUGGGUUGUUUUUUUUUUUUUUUUUUUUAAAUUCAUUCAUUUGUAUAAUAUUUUACAAAGUACUCCAUAUAAAUCGACUAUACUAUUGUGCAUUCCAAUAAUAAAGAUGGUAAGAUAAUGUUUAGGCAGUGUGAUGAGAUGAGAGAAAUUGUUUCUCAAUUAGUACUAAAGAAUAUUCAAAAGUAAGAAUUGCAUUGCAGCAUGGCAAGUUUAUUUUAAAGAUGUCAAGGACAGCUGGUGUUUUCCAUCAUAAUUUAUCUUAUAUUCAUGAGAGAGUAGAUAAGCACAAAUGAUAU